AUGAGUGAACCACAGUUUUUAGAAGAAGGCUGUCUUAGUAAGGGCAGCAUAACUAUGCCGGCGUCAGUCAGGGAGGUUCCAGAGCACUGGAAAGAAUUUGCAUGUGGUGGAGGGUCUGCCUUUUGCAAUAUAUUGAUUAGCUAUCCACUGAAUAAGAUUAUAUUUAGACAGAUGAUGCAUGGAGUAGAAGCAACACUAGCUUUAAACCAAUUGCAGAAGGAAGGCUUAGGAUAUUUAUAUCGUGGAAUGCUACCUCCCCUACUGCAGAGGUCUUUGUCGAUGUCACUUAUGUUUGGUGUAUAUGAUGAAUGCCUACAACCACUUUUGCACCAACAAAUUAACCCAUAUGUUGCCAAAUCUGUAGCUGGAAUUGUUGCAGGCUGUUUUGAGGCAACUCUGAUGCCAUUUGAAAGACUACAAACCCUGCUUAUUCAUCCUAAAUACCAUAAAGAGCUUAAAAAUACUGCACAUGCAGCAAGCCAUAUUCUAAGACAUCAUGGUGUAAUGGAAUUUUAUAGAGGACUUGUACCAAUUCUCCUCAGAAAUGGUCCAUCAAAUGCAAUGUUUUUCAUUAUUAGAGAUGAGGUGAAUUUAAGAUUACCACGUCAAGAUUACAUUGUGUAUGAUAGCCUACAGAAUUUUAUUGCGGGAGCUUCAAUAGGCGCAUUUCUUAGUACAUUGUUCUAUCCUUUGAAUGUUAUAAAGAUAGCUAUGCAGUGUGAACUGGGAGGUCCACAUAGAACGAUUUUAUAUGAAUUCAAAUAUAUUUUGCACAAAAGAGGUUCCAAGUUUGCAAAUUUUUAUCAUGGUGCGCUGCUGAAUAUAUCACGGGCGUUUCUAAAGUCACAACGACCUAAGUAUCGCGAAGACUACAGGUUUGAGAAAGCUUUUAAUUCCUUCUAUAAGCUGCACACUACUGCUGCGGUAUGGUCGAGUGCAUAUAUCCGUUGUGAAGCCGAGGGCUCUGAACUCAUGGUGCCCGAAACUCUGGACGAAGCAGAUGCAAUGCCCCUUUUCAUUGCCCCAGCUCUUACAAACUAUGACGGUGUCUACGUUGGCAUACAUGACUUGUAUUCAGAGAGAAGUUUUGUUACAUUAAAAGGUUUUAAGUUGCGCGACUCGAUCUUGGAAUUACUAUGGGAACCGGACGAGCCAAAGCACAGCGGUGGUAGGUGCAUCGCAAUGCGCCGGAACGGUCGGCUUUACGUUAACCCCUGUUCAAGUCGACUCCCGUUUAUCUGCAAGAUAAAUGCUACUCAAGUUUCUUAUUAUCAAGAGUGCGACACUUUUGAUCCUCGUUGGAAACUAGGCAAAAAUGAUUCUUGUUACAUAACCCACACAGAGCCACAGACUUGGCAUGAGGCACACAGCAGCUGCCUCUCUGCAGGCGGAUACCUUGCGAUACUAGACGACCGUGACGAAGCAGAGUACAUUCGUGAGCUAUUUAAGAAUGUAGACCAAGUGAAGACGCCAGGCGACUUCGCCUUCUUGGGAUUUAACGACCUUUUUCAAAUGUAUCAUUUUAAGACUGUGCAUGGUGAACGCGUUAGUAAACUCUUAGACUGGGACUUGAAAUGUCCACAACUAGCAACCAAUGAGACGAAAAGUGAGCGAUGUGGUGGUAUCCGACGAAACGGUCUCCUUGCUGCUGAAAAUUGUGAUAGUCCCGCAAUAUUCUUUUGCGAAAAACCUUCCAAAGGCACCUACAAAUUUAAAGGUCUACGCCAAGGUGCUACACAUAUUCACCAUAUAGUCUAA